AUGAACUGCUGCGCACCAGGAAUUUGGUCGUGCUGUUCGACCAGCUUCUUGGUCACCUGCGCGCAAUGCUGCCCGACGAGGAGGUGGACCAGUGGAUUGAGGAGGUUUGCUGUGGCAUUGGGAAGGACGAGGAUCUACAGAACAUCAUCAACCUACGGCCAGACUCAUUUUCGAUGUCCAUGCUGUUGUCUGAGCAGGACCGAAGCCAAAAAGACUUUGCACGAGAAAGAGGCCGAGGCCACUGAGCGUGUAGAGCAGCAGAGGUUGGAGGUGCAAGAGGCGCAAUGGAAGUACUUUUGCAGCGCGUUGGCCCAAGACCAAGAAUCCCUUCAGACAAUCCAAAGUGCACCUCCUGCACUUCGCCAGAAGCUCCACGCGAAGCAGGUAGCUGCCCGGAGAAAGCUCAUCAACGCGGCAGAGCAGGGCUGCAAAGAGUAUCAGGAGCAGUACCUCCGGGUCGUGUCGGUUGAAAAGAUUGACCUAGCCAAGUCUGAGAUCAGCAAGAUGAAGUUGGACAUUGCCUCGACUACGGCGCUCGUCAAUGGUAUUUCAGCGGUCAACGACUGUGGCACAGUGAACCUCAACGCAGUCAUUUGUUGCAUGCCAGAGUUGCCUCGCGACUCUAGCCUCAGGGGUCUCUACGACGAAGAGCGCCAGGUGCUAGAAGCCCUGUUUGGCGUCAAGCAGAACGUAGAGACCAAGUGGAUUGACCUUGUCACCAGGGAUCGGCGCAGCGAUCGGUCUUCAAUGCGCCGUUUUGGCGAAGGCCGUGUGGUUGUCAACGGCGAGAGCCUGCAGUCGAACAUUUGGCUGUCUUCAGAGCUGUCCAUUUAUGGAAGGCCAGUGGCCCCGAAUGAAGCAGAGAAAGGCGCUCCGGUGUCAAUCCUGCCAAAGGCUACGGCAUUGUUACUUCCAGAGCACCAAUCACCCAACAGUGACCUGAAGCUCGCAGACCGCGUCCGCCCCAGUGCGGAGCAAUCCGUUGCACAGAAAGGAUGCCUGCGAUUUGAAAAUCUUUUGGAGAGUAUGAUGAGGCAUGUUGCUUUUCCUGGUCCAUGCCUGGUCAUCAACUUUACAGGCUAUGUAGAAGAUGUCGGAGCAGCGGUCUUGAAUCUUCGUUUGAAAGGCUGUAGCGGGGGUGAGGGUGGGCAGUACAACUUCACGGAGAACUUGUUCUACUUGAGCGUCCACACCCUUGACACAGAAAGUGGUGUCCAGUACGCCAAGGGCAGGGUGGCCCGUGACACCUUGGACGCCUGGCUGGAGAGAAAGUUGAGCUUCCACGGUUUGAAGUACCAGGAGGACGAGAUUACCCUGACUGAUGAGGACC